GCGAUGGAGAAGCGGAGGUAAAUUAUUCCUGUGAUGUUUGGCUAAAACGCAAAUAUCUCGCCUGUAUUAAGACUAAAUCAUUCAUCAUGCCAAACAUAACUAUCAAGCAAGAGAAGGAGGACCCAAUGGAGGCAGAAAACCCAGCGCCUGUGUCAAAACCAGACAGAAAAAUCUUGUGGAAGAAGAAGAAGCUCAUAACAAACAAGCUCAAAGGCAAAAAAAGAGAUAAGACCUCUCUUGACAAAAUUAAAGUUAAAACCUUCGAUGAGAUUAUGCGAGAGAAGAAGAUCAAGAAAGAAAAGACCGAAAAAGUAUUUUCACUGGCUGAGUCAACACCGUCUUCCAGCACUACCACCACAAUGCUGAAAACACCUAUUAGGUGCAGUGCAAAUCUUGCUAAUGUAAAGCUUAGACAGUUUUCAAUACCCUUGAUGGCUUUACCUAAGGGAAAACACAUGGUUAAGACUUUUGUUGGCAGCUCUUGCUCAGGAGUUCAGAUAAAACGAGAGCCUGUAGAUCCUGAAGAACAGUUGCCAAGUGGAAUGACAAGCUCCAUUGCAGUGCAAAAAUCACCAUCUGUUACACCCGUCCAAGUAAAUCACACUGAGACAAGACAAUUAAAUGGCACAGGCGAAAACUUAUUUAUUAGGAUUAAGAAUAAAAUCAAGUCAGAACACAGGGAUGAGGAUUGGAAUCACAAUGAUGUCCCAAACCAUACCCAACACACAACAAACAAAGAAAUGCCUUCUCAAGGAGGUUGUGAUAGUCUUUCAGAGGGAAGUUCUGAGCAGCUUAGUACGAGUAUGGACUUUAGUGAUGUUCCACUAGGAUCUACCCAAGAUGAUGAUACCAUGUCUCUCUUUGCUUUUGAUGACACUUUUGAGGAAGAAAUUGAAUCAGAGAAGCCAAGGAAACUUAUCAGUGAUUCUGCACAGAGAAGAGCUUCAAAAGAAAGAGAUCUAAGAGAAACACUGCAAAACCGUUCAAGGAAGGAAAGAUCAGAUCAAGCAAACAAGGUGGAAGAAGAGUCUUGUAGGCGUACUAUAGAAGACACUAACGUCAAGGAGUCUGACAUGCGCACCGUAGAAGAAACUAACCUCAAGGAGUGCGACAUGCACACUGUAGAAGACAAUAUGCUGGAGGAGUCAGACAGACGUAUUGUAAAAGACACUAACCCCAAGAAGAAAAAUGAUGCAAGAGAAACGAGUAAAAGAGAGAGAUAUAACAAUGGGAAUAAGAAGCAAAAUAAUGAAAGACGGAAAGAUGACAGGAUCAGUUGUGGGAUUGAAGAUAAUGGUUUCAAAGUUCCUCAUGGAGAUGGCAGUAUAAAUAUCCCUGGUGGCAGGAAAAAGAAUAAGCUGAGAUUCCGAAAGCUGAAAAACAACAAGAAUGUGGGGAAUUCAGUCCCAAGUGCACCGUUUUUGGAACCAAAUUUUGUAAACAAUAUAUCUUCUAAUCCUGCUUUAAGACAGGAACUCCAAAGACUAGAACAACUUCAACAAGUAGUGUUGUCUGCCAAUCAACCUGUCAGUCUUAUUUCACCUUUUCUGAAAAAUGAAAAUCCCCUCAAAUACAGACAAGAUGGUAAACGAUUAGACAACAUCUCAGGUAGAUUCAGAGAUGGAAUACCAGUUAGAAGGAAUCAAGAUGGACCAGAUUCUAUGUUUGAUGACAAAAAAGCAUAUUCACAUUUGAGGAACCCCCCACCUGUAGCAGGAGGGCGUGGCUUUUUUCAAGACUUUAAGGAAGGGAACAAAGAGAUACAAGAUUUUAGUGAUAAAAAGUAUGAAGAACACAAUAUUGCAGGUGGUAGCAGAUGUGAUAGGAAUGGAAGGGUCGUUGCUAUCGGAGACACCAGUGGUGAUAGAUUUGCUAAAUCAAAUGAUGUGACUAACAAGGGAACAAGCUUGACAGAUUUUGACAGUUUUUCAAGAAGUAGAAGGUGCAGAACCAAAGAGGAGACAUCAAACUAUAGACUACCUUUGAAACGCAGGAGUAAGGAUGAUUAUGAUGGUGACCGAGCAUCGAAAGAGGCCAAGAGAGAAAAACAAGUCUAUUGUGGUACUCAGCUUCGGCUUGGAGAAUGUCAUCAUUCUUACUGCAGAUUGUAUCAUCUAACACCCAGUGAGUUGACAGAGUAUCAGGAAACUGGGAAAAUUAAAGUCCAAGAGGUCGUCCAAGAUAAAAGUGAUCAACCACCAGAACCACCAGAACCACCAGAACCACCAGAACCACCAGAACCACCUAUUCCAGUGAGCCAAGAGUCUUACUCAGAUGAGGAACCAGCAAGAAUGCAACAGGUUGAAGAUGAUGGUGAAAAAGAGCAAAUGUGUAAAGGUCUUGCAAAAGCUGCUAAGCAGUUACUAGACUCAUUAAAGCUUGGUGAAGCAUGGCAAGUCAUUUUUCAUCUAUACCAGAACGAACCUGUCAAUAGGGAACCCCUGAUAAAACUUCUUGAAAGAACUUUGUUUUUAUGUGGAGAAGAUGGUGUUGAUAAUGAUGUUGCUGCUCAGGUGUCUGCUCAGGUUUUUGACAUGAUUCCCAAAGUUCGUGGAAGCUAUAAUCGACAUGACUUUACAACAUUAAUUCACUGUCUUUGCCACACUGGACAAUACAUAAGGGGGUAUGAAGUACUGGAUGAAAUGAGGAAAUCUAACAUUACUGCUACUCAUGAAGUAUAUCUCGACCUAAUACAAUGCUCUGAGGCUGAACCAAACUGGGCAUUUAAUUUGAUAGAAGAAGUGAAAUCAUUAGGAUUGUUUAAAGGAAGUAUCUGCAGUGCUCUUAUCCUUCUGGGUGCAAAGUCUGGGAAACCACUUCUUGAAAGAACCUGGAUGUUGUUUAAGGACAUGAUGGAAAACUCUGUCAAACCGUCAAAACAAUCCUAUUUGGCCCUUCUUGAUUUACUAGCUGAAAAUAAUGAAGGCCAAAAACUUCUGGAUGCUUUGGUUGAGCAUAAUGAUCCAUCUGUUGUGCCAUCUGCCAAAUGCAACAAAAUAAUCAUCAAACACUCUAAAGACAAUGCUGAAAUGGUUGCUAUAAAUGUGGCUAGUGUCUGUGAGAUUGCGAAGAAUAAAGAUCCACUGCUAGAUGUCGAGACAUGGAAUGUUCUCUUGAGAAACUGUUACUCAGAUAAAUUUAAUUUGGUGGCUGAGGCUCAACAAACAUAUGGCAUGAUGAAACGAUACAACAUUCCUUUAACAGCUGAGGGCUAUAAUAGUCUGCUCUGUGCACUAAGUGAGGCCAAUCAAACCAUAUCUGCCAUGGAGGUCUUCAAUACAUUGAGCCAAGCUUCUGGUCAUUUGAAAGUCAAUGAUUACAAACCUUGCAUUGAUUAUCUGAUUGGAGCUCUGAUAAGAUCAAAGCAGCUAGAAGAUCUAGAGUUGGUGGUUGCAUUUGCAGUUGACAAUGGACUAAUGGUAGAGGAAAAGGCUCUCCUUUUAGUUAUUACAAAAAUGGAGCUGGAGAAAAAAUUUGAAGAGAUUCAUCAGUUAUUCAAAAAGUUGCAGAGUACAAAAGAAGGAAUUCCAGUAUCUGUCUUUCGUAAACUGGUAUCAACACUUGAGAAGUGGGCUGACAACCCUGCAGCUUCACUUGCAGUGUAUGCAGCAAUGAGAAGAUCAUAUCCAAUCAUUCCAGACAACUCACAGCAAAUUAACAGCGGUUCUUCAAGUGAUAUGACAUCAGGUUAUGAAACACAUUUAAAGAGAAAAGCAUGUAGAUACUUUUGGACCACCAAAGGAUGUAUAUUUGAGAGUGCAUGUAGAUUUUCGCAUGCACCAUCAGAUGCACCUUUCAUUGGACAGUCAGAUGUUGCUGACGUUAAUAGUACAUCGCCAGAAAAAAAUAAUCCAUUUGUUUUGAGAAGUGCAUCGUUUCCAUUGUGUGGACAGCCAAUGCAACCUCCACCUCGGCCACCAGCAUUUCCAUUUCCAAUGAGUACUGCAGGUCCUAAUCCAUUGGUACAGUCCCCUGUAGUUUUUGCCUCAAGUAGUCCAUUUGUGUUGAAAGACCCCAAUCUUCUAACAGCAUUCCAGCCGCCUGCUGUUCCACGAAUGCCAUUUCCAUUGGGUUUUUCCCAAGGUUCAUUAUUUUCACCAUCAAUUCCUGUCAGUGCUUCUACAAGCAUCCAAUAUGAUCAAAAAAUGUCUAUUCCAAGCUCCAUACAAGCUGGAGGUGAACGGCACAGUGUUGAUUUGGGUUCAACAGCUACAUCAGUAUGUACUACAGAUACACGUGGCUCACAUUCUGCUCCUAUCAUGUCAGAGUCUCUUAGCAAUGAAGGAUUCCUUUUUCCAGUCAAAACAGAAGUGCAGUUUUAUAAGUCUAAAAUACUAAAAGCUACUGAAGAAAAAGACUUGGAAGAGCUUGCAAGACUUUAUGUACAAAUGAAGAAAGAGCAAGUACCUGCAAACAAUGAAAUGCUUCUGCUCUUCUAUAACUGUUUCAUUACUUGUAAAGAUAUCGGGGAAUCGUUGUCAAGCUUUGUAGCUAUCAUAGAUAUCCAGUUGGACAAUCUUGAUAUAGAUGAAGAUUCCAGUCAGAAAGAGGCUCUGGACAUUGAUGAUCUCAGAUUUAUUGGUGAACUUGGAGUUGCAUUGAUGCAGUUCUGCAGGCUGCAAAAACGACUUGAUGAAGGAUACCUAAUUCUUCAUGUGUUGCAUCAGUAUGGAGUGAACUACUUUCAAUAUCCAGCGUCCUUUGUGCCUCAUGGAAAAGUGCUUUCUUCCCAAAGUAUUGCUCUUCUUGCUACGGACAUGUGCCUAUGCCUUAAAAAAGACCCACAGUUUGAUGGUGCUGUCGAAGUUCUCAGAGGAUGCAAUUACGCCAUUCCUUUAGAUGGAAGCUUUCUUUCCUCAGAAGAAGCAGAAAAAAGACAUUCUACUUUUGAGAAGCUUUCUUCUCAUUAUCUAAAUGUUGGUAAUUAUGCUUUAGUAUAUGAGUUGCUUCAGCAUGUUGGUGAUAAGGACGUAUUCGGCAUGACCUCUCUGAAGUCUAUUUAUAAUGAACUUCUCAAGAAGUAUAUUGCCGAGAAAAAGGUUGAUGAUGCUAUUGGUGUCAUCAGGGAAAUGGAAAAUGAACUAAUUUCGAGGGAUCCAAAUGUUCUUAGAGCUCUAGUGACAUGCUUGGGUAACAUAGCAAGAUUUGUACAAGCCAGCGAAAUAUUCAAGAGCAGUUGUUUGCAAGGUGCUUAUCCAGCCUUUCCAACAGGAGAUGAACUUUGGAAAGCUACAGUUUGGAUUACCUUCUCAAAGUUUGAAAUUCAGUUCUACUUAGAACAUCAUUUACAGCUUUUGAACAAGUAUGUUGAGCAAAACAGAAUUGCAAGUCAGUUGCCGUACGAUGAAAAACAUUUUAAAUCACUGAGAAUAAUCAUCACCAAGGAGGAAAGCGAUGGGACUGCAUGUGACAUGACGAUCGAUGCAGCUAAAGAGAUGCAAGAAAAAAUAAUUGAUAUACUUUGUAGUGACUUUAAUCCCCCUCUCAGCUGCGGAAAGUCAGACAAAGUUGGGGAAGUUAUAGUCAACCCUCGCAGUUUGAGGAGGUGGUUCCUAGCCAAUCCUCCUCCAGAACGGCAGAUGCAGACCUCUCCCCUGUCAGAAUCAGAUGGCAGUACAGAACUUACUAGAAAUGUUAUAGCAUCAAAGGGAAAACCAGGAAUCACCAUCAGAGUAGAAAAUCAAUAUCACAUUGAUCUUCAAAAAACAACUCUUUAUGACGAAUAUGAACCACGUAUCAGGCAUACUGUUUGUGGACAUCUGACACGAUACCUAAGGCAAGGAAAACUGGCGAAUAAGGAAGAGUUUAAAAGGCUUGCACGUGAGCUGACCCAAGACUUUCUACGAUCCUCAAAUUUGGCUGACCUUGAUACAGACUACAAGCAAGUCCGUGGAAGAGUUGUCUCCUUUGUAGAUAAAUUCUUUGACAAGGGAACAGGAACAAAUGGGUCAGCAUUAAGGAAUCAGGAGGUGUAGGUUUCAAUGAACAUUAGAGUGAAAAUCACCUUUUUUGUUGGAUGCCAGUGAUUAUGCCUGGAUGAUGCUAAACUUAAGCGUUUAAAAAGUGUAUAUAGGAUAUUUAAAGCAAGAAAAAAUAUGAACUGAGAUAAAACAAUACAGAAGAAGCUCCUGUGUUUCACUAUGUUAAAAAGGUUUUUGAAUGUCUAAAUACAUUAAAUACCGACUUAAAUUUUUAUGUUUGUAAGAGUUGUAGUAGUAAAGAAAUAGACCAGUCACUUUCAGUAUCAAUGAUGAUUUUUAAUAAUGAGCCUUCUGUUUAGAAGAGAUGUUAAAUUCGUUUUUGGAAGA